UAAUAUAUGUAUGAACAAAAGACGUCAUUGUUCCUUGUUGUGCCUUGAUGCUUACAUAUGCACAGAUUUUUUUAUUGGAUAAUUACGCAAUACAUCAACCGACGUUCAAGUCGCAUUUCGGACCAUGGAUUAUCACUUAUUCAAUUAGAUAUAUAAGAAGUCCUGACAGAGAGAAAUAGUCGUUCUAACAAAAAAGGAUUGUUUAUAACUUCUAAAAGAUUUUGUGAUCAUAAUGGCUACAGAAGAAGAAACUACAGACAUACGUUGGGAAACUAUGAAAACUUUUGCCAUGCAACAGCAACAAUGCUUAUUUGAACUUCUUCCCGAGUGCACAAUAUAUAAAAACGAUGAACAUGAAUAUCUAAAACAAAACAUUGGAUACGCAAUUUAUGGUCCACCAGAGAAUACCAAAAGUACAAGUACAAAAGAAGACCACUGUUAUUGUAAAACAGAGAGUCCAAAUGAUGCAGAUGUAGUUGGGACAGUAGGUUAUUCAGAAGAUGCUCAAAAAGUCAUAAAUAAGAUAUACGAGAGAAUAUGUACAUCUUCAGUUGAAACCGAUGACGCUGGAUCAAUUUACUAUGGUGUAAUUUAUAAUAUGAUAUUCCGUCCUAAAACAAAUGUAAAGCCUAAGAAAAAAGAAGUAAAAGAAGAAGCAAACAAAGAUGUGCUUGAUCUUGUAAUGCCUGUUCCUAUUUUUACAAUCAGAAGUAAGAAAAAGUAUGAAACUACAAAGAAGGCAGAACAAGAAAAUACAUCAACUGCUGAUGAAGUACAGUAUGCAACAUCAUACAUUGAUGCCACUAGCAGAGUAUAUAAAAAUUGGACAGACUAUAUAGAAAAUAAUAAUUUACCAGAGUGUACUAUGGUUCUUCCAAAACAUGGUUUUUAUGAAUCAAAUCCAGCUUAUCAUCCUACAGAGGAUUAUUCGACAGUUUGGCUGGAAAUCCUGGAGUCUCCUUCAUGUAAAUGGAAUGUAAAACUCUGCAAGGGAAUGGAUGUCGCUUCUACUGUCGUUGGAUUUGGCACAAUUGGUUUGAGUAUCGCAGCGCUGUUCACACCUCUUGCGCCAGUUGUUGCUAUAUCAGGUGUUGCUGUUACUACUGCGACUAGUGCUUGGUCAUUCGGUCGAAAUACCCAACAAUUAGUAGACCGCAGUAAACAUAAAGAAUCUAUUUAUUUAUUCGACAGAGAAGCAUUUGCACAUUACCUCAGCAUGACCAGCACUGCAUUUGGUUUAGGAGCAAUGGGAGGAUCAGCGAUUAUUUCCAAUGUUGCUGCACGUGGUAUGACAGUAAAUACCCUUGCAAGAGUGGCAUUUAAUACUGUACAAGGUGGUAGUAUGAUCUUGAGUGGUGUUGGCGUCAUAUAUCAGGGUCACUGUAUGUAUGAUAAAUAUAAAAAAGAGAAGACUGUCAGUGUCAUAGACGCAUUAAAUUUGGCGACGCAUCUUAUGUUUUUCUGCGGCUCCGUAGUUAAGGUUCAAUUUGCCAGCGACAUAAUCGAGAGUACUCAAAGUAAUGUUAUCAAAGAUUAUAAGGAUUCUGUGAGCACCAAACGUCUUCGUAAUAAGUUCAAUAAAAUUGUAAGGAAAGCUGCCGACAAUAAUACAUGUAAAAUAUCCGAAAAUGCGGAAGUGAUACUUUAUAUAAAACAUCGUCGAGAUCUUUUGUCAAAUCGUCCUGUAACUAACGGCGGUAACCAGUACGAUAGUACUUCGCAUAAUAUCGUAUGGUCGGUCAACCGUGGUAGAUUAACAAUCAAUGGUAUCAUAUUGUUAGAUCCUAUUGAAUUUGUUACUCGUCUUAUAAAAUUGGGCAUAUUUAUCGGAAUCAACGAAAACGAUUCAUCUGGUCCACCGAACAAUGCUAAUGAGUUAACCGUUGAACAAUUAACAAAAGUACUUUGUGAUUUAUUAUCGAAGUUCUAUGUAAGCGACGACUGUCCUAAAAGCAAAAAUCUACCGGUAGUGCCUGAUUUUGAACCCUUAAUAAGAGAGAUGAGUUCUCUGCAGAUAAAUGGAGAUUACUUGAAGAUGCUGUUUCAAAUCACUGAAAAAUUAAUGAGACGUUCCAAAAAUAUGGACGAUUUUUUACUCCUGACUUUUGCUUUCGUUUGGCAGUAUUGUAAAGCAAACCUGAAGCAAUGGGGCAUGUAUUUAUGCUCGCAAAGCAUUUGUAGUAACAAGAUUUUGCAUAGAAUUAUCAUUGCAAUUUUUGAAGCAAUUGAUAUGGUGGUUAGUAAUUUAUAUCAUGCUUUUGAGAUAUAUAUAGCUUCUGUUUUGCGUAAAAAUGAAUAGAGAAUAUGAUUUUCAUAUGAUUAACAUAAAAAAGCGAAAUUAGAAAAAUUAUGUAUACAGUAGUUCAGUAGUACAGUAGUAAUCAACAAUUGUUAUAGAAAUAUAUAUUAGACAGUAAGAAAUACAUAGAAAUAUUUAUAGCGGCAAUAAAGUUUCAGCUUUAAAGUAGGGUAAUAAAGUUUUGAGAUGCACGCGGUUUAUGCCAAGAUAUCAUUGAAUAGAUAUUA